AUGACCUGCGGAUCAGGCUUCAGGGGCCGCGUCUUCAGCUGCGCCUCAGCCUGCGGGCCCCGACCCGGCCGCUGCUGCAUCACCGCCGCCCCCUACCGUGGCAUCUCCUGCUACCGCGGCCUCCCCGGGAACUUUGGCAGCCACAGCGUCUGCGGGGGCUUCCGCGCCGGCUCCUGCGGACGCAGCUUUGGCUACCGCUCUGGGGGCGUGUGCGGGCCCAGCCCCUCCCCUGCAUCACCACCCCCCCCCUGCAUCACCACCGUGUCGGUCAACGAGAGCCUCCUGACGCCCCUCAACCUGGAGAUCGACCCCAACGCGCAGUGCGUCAAGCACGAGGAGAAGGAGCAGAUCAAGAGCCUCAACAGCAGGUUCGCUGCCUUCAUCGACAAGGUGCGCUUCCUGGAGCAGCAGAACAAGCUGCUGGAGACCAAGUGGCAGUUCUACCAGAACCGCCAGUGCUGCGAGAGCAACCUGGAGCCACUGUUCAAUGGCUACAUCGAGACGCUGAGGUGGGAGGCAGAGUGUGUGGAGGCCGACAGCGGGAGGCUGGCCUCAGAGCUCAACCACGUGCAGGAGGUGCUGGAGGGCUACAAGAAGAAGUACAAAGAGGAGGUGGCACUAAGGGCCACUGCUGAGAAUGAAUUUGUGGUCCUGAAGAAGGACGUGGACUGUGCCUACCUACACAACUCCGACUUGGAGGCCAACGUGGAGGCCCUGACCCAGGAGAUCGACUUCUUAAGGUGACUGUACGAGGAGGAGAUCUGCGUCCUCAAUGCCCACAUCUCAGACACCUCGGUGGUUGUCAAGAUGGACAACAGCCACGAACUUGACAUGGACUGCAUCAUUGCCGGGAUUUAAGCUCAGUAUGAUGACACUGCCAGCCGCAGCUGGGCAGAGGCCAAGUCCUGGUACCGCAGCAAGUGCGAGGAGAUGAAGGCCACGGUGAUCAGGCACGGGGAGACCCUGCACCGCACCAAGGAGGAGAUCAACGAGCUGAACUGCAUGAUCCAGAGGCUGACGGCCGAGGUGGAGAACGCCAAGUGCCAGAACUCCAAGCUGGAGGCUGCAGUGACCCAGUCUGAGCAGCAGGGCGAGGCUGCCCUCAGCGACGCCCGCUGCAAGCUGGCUGAGCUGGAGGCCGCCCUGCAGAAGGCCAAGCAGGACAUGGCCUGCCUGCUCAAGGAGUACCAGGAGGUGAUGAACUCCAAGCUGGGCCUGGACAUCGAGAUCGCCACCUACAGGCGCCUGCUGGAGGGUGAGGAGCACAGGUUGUGUGAAGCCGUUAGUGCUGUAAAUGUCUCCCUGUCCUCCUCCCGCAGGUGUCAGCAGCUCCCGGGUGGGGUCGUGUGCGGAGACCUCUGCGUGUCGGGCUCCCGGCCUGUGACCGGCAGCGUCUGCAGCGCCCCGUGCACUGGGAACCUGGCGGUGAGCACCAGGCUGUGCGCGCCGUGCAGCCAGAGCUGCGGUAGUGGCCGCUCCGUGCGCUUCGUGUAGCGCCCCUGCUGUGAAAAGACGCCCUCGCGAGCUGUCCCCAAACGGGAGAGGAAGGACUCCAGGAACCAGCUGCCCGGCCCGCCCGCGCUGCUGCGAGCCUUACCGUCUUGCACCCCUCUCCCGGCUUGUCUCUCCACUUCUCCAGCGGGGUCAGGCUGCUCACACGCAGCUCUCCCCUCCCCCAAGUAUCUAAUCCGCUGGUGUCCUCACAGCCCCAGGGCAAAGACCCAACCCCCGCUAGGCCUGCUCUGGAGGCCUGGAUGCCUGUGGCGUCUGAGGGACAGAUGGGCCCCAGGGCCCCUCAGUGUGGACGUGCUGGGCUGGGCCUCCCCUGCCUUCUACACCCCAGUGGGGACAGGCCGCAUCUCCCCCUGGGCAGCCUCACAGCUGCCUCGGCUCCCCCACUCCGCUGGGUCUCCCUGUUUACACUA